CACGCGCCCCGGAGCGCGCCGAAUAUGACGUAGCUAUAUUGGUGUUUGCGCGUGAGAACGUUUUCCUCUGUGGGUGUAAGAGGCAGAUCCAGUCCGGAAUGCUCGAAUUACACAUAUAAAACACUGAAUGUAUUUUCGAAAAAUAAAACAAAAAAAUAACGUGUAGGUUCGCUUUAGUUUGUCGUGACUUUUAGUGAAAACGUAACCUUAAUCUGAUACAGGCCGCCGGGAGAACAUACCAGCAUUCGGAGUGGUGGUCUCGACGGAGAAUGAAGCACAAUCAUCGGCUUCUGUAACUGCAAAAUUCCGGACGUCUUGAUUACUGCAGUUUGUAUGUAAAAAAACAUUUCGAAACUUCCGAAUUAGAUGUCAAAUUAAAUCGCUUUAUUGCGGCAAUUUCGAAAGCAAUUUACGUGCAUUGGGUUCGUAACUAGCUUGCUAAGUGUUUGCUAGCCCUACGGUGUUGUGAACUGUAGGUGCCUAGUUUUAGGUAGCUAAUAAUAUUACUGACAUACUGGGGUGCGACCUUAUCGCUGAACAAACGCAAUUUGCCGAAUUUCUAGUGCCGUAUCUUUCCCUUUGUAUUAUUCCAUCUAUUUAUUAUCUGAAUAGCUAGCAAGCUAGGUGCGCUUCGCGAAUCAUCGAAGGUUUCGCUGAGUUUUAUUUAAAGACUUGCUUUGGACAUGUACGUUUUUUGAUAUGGGAUUAUAUAGACAUGUAGUUAAAUUUUAUUGACAUGAAAUCGCCGCCGUCAUGAAUGUGGUUGAUUAUUUGUGGCUGUCAAUAUUGUACACAUGCAUGACAUGCAUACCUGUUAUAGUCGUGUCAUACAAAAAUAUAAAUCGGGUGUCUAAGGUUGAAGGACUGUAAAUGGCCUGUUACAUUCGAGAUCAGAGUAUCCUGCUUUAUGGUUUAUGUGUGAGGCUGAAUCACCGUCGACACCUUCACCGCACCGAAGUCUGCGCUUAUCAUGCUUACUGAGGUCAUCGAAGAAAACGAUGCUAACUUGAAUACUAAUCUGUCUCAGUGACAUUCAGAAUGGCCAAGCUGCUGAGAGAAAGAUAAAGCUUUUCAUUUUUGUUGCUAAAGGUAAUACCUGCGUAGUCGCAUAUUGCAUAUUCGCUUGUCUAUAUAUGGCCGCUUAAGACUUGGUUAGUGAAUUUUGUAUUAAAUAUCAACAAUUGUGGUUGAAGGUUCAUAGGUGAUAUUCACAUACCUAAAUAAAUGGGCGGGAUCAGUACUCCUCUUUCAAAGACUUCUCCUACCUGUCUCUCUAUAUUAAAUAAGAAAUACAAUAUUUUAAAAAUAACACACAUUAAGAAUCUUGCAUACUUAGUGAUUGAGUAGUUUGAGCUUCAUAGAUCCAUGAACUGUCAUUUCAUGGCAUUUCUGGUUGAAUGUCAAUUUUUGCUGAAAGUCCGUAGUUGGCCUUAGUAGACCCAAAUGAACGGACAGGACCAGUAUUUUUGCUCCACACAGAUUUCUCUUCCCUGUCUCUCCAUGGCCUUUUGUGGGGCAUUAGCUCAGGCCCCGAGGUCAGGUUCCCUGGGCUCCCUUCCCCACACCAGCAUGGCCCCCAAAGAUAUCAUGACGAACUCCCACGCCAAGUCCAUCCUGAAUGCCAUGAAUGCCCUGCGCAAGAGCAACACCCUCUGUGACAUCACGCUGAGGGUGGAGAACACAGACUUUCCUGCCCAUCGCAUUGUCCUGGCUGCGUGCAGCGACUACUUCUGUGCCAUGUUCACCAGUGAGCUUUCAGAGAAAGGGAAGUCCUUCGUAGAUAUCCAAGGGUUGACAGCUUCUACCAUGGAGAUCCUAUUGGACUUUGUUUAUACAGAGACAGUUCUAGUGACUGUGGAGAACGUGCAGGAGCUGCUUCCAGCUGCCUGCUUACUGCAGCUGAAAGGGGUGAAGCGAGCUUGCUGUGAUUUUUUGGAAAGCCAGCUGGACCCAUCCAACUGCCUGGGCAUCCGCGAUUUUGCGGAGACACACAACUGCCUGGACCUGAUGCAGGCUGCCGAGCUCUUCUCCCAGAAGCACUUUGCAGAGGUAGUUCAACAUGAGGAAUUCAUGCUGCUCAGCCAGGAGGAAGUGGAGAAGCUCAUAAAGUGUGAUGAGAUCCAGGUGGACUCUGAGGAGCCCGUGUUUGAGGCUGUGCUGAACUGGGUGAAGCACAAGCGGAAGGAGAGAGAGCCCUUCCUGCCUGACAUGCUGGAGCAUGUGCGCAUGCCGCUGCUCACACCUCGCUACAUCACAGACGUCAUUGAUGCAGAGCCCCUAAUCCGAUGCAGCCUUCCUUGUCGAGACCUUGUGGAUGAAGCCAAGAAGUUUCAUUUGAGGCCAGAAUUAAGGAGUGAAAUGCAAGGACCUCGGACUCAAGCACGACUAGGAGCAAAAGAGGUUCUUCUGGUGAUUGGAGGAUUCGGCAGCCAGCAGUCACCGAUCGAUGUUGUGGAAAAGUACGACCCCAAGACACAGGAAUGGAGCUUUCUUCCAAAUAUUGCCCGGAAGCGCCGCUACGUGGCCACUGUGUCGCUGAACGACCGGGUGUACGUCAUAGGCGGCUAUGACGGGCGGUCUCGCCUCAGCUCAGUGGAGUGUCUGGACUACACGGCAGACGAGGACGGGGUGUGGUACACGGUCGCCACCAUGAAUGUGCGGCGCGGCCUAGCAGGGGCCACUACCCUGGGAGACAUGAUUUACGUGGCUGGGGGGUUUGACGGCAGCCGUCGGCAUACCAGCAUGGAACGAUACGACCCCAACAUUGACCAAUGGAGCAUGCUGGGAGAUAUGCAGACGGCCAGGGAAGGGGCAGGGCUGGUAGUUGCCAGUGGACUCAUUUACUGCCUCGGGGGCUAUGAUGGACUGAAUAUACUGAACUCAGUAGAGAGGUAUGACCCUCACACGGGACACUGGACAAAUGUAACCCCUAUGGCCACCAAACGCUCAGGGGCCGGCGUGGCCUUGCUCAAUGACCACAUUUACGUCGUGGGAGGCUUUGAUGGCACGGCCCACCUUGCUUCUGUGGAGGUCUACAACAUCCGGACAGACUACUGGACGACUGUGUCAAGCAUGACCACACCGCGCUGCUAUGUGGGGGCUACUGUGCUUCGAGGCCGGCUCUAUGCCAUUGCUGGGUACGAUGGGAACUCCUUGCUCAGCAGCAUUGAAUGCUAUGACCCCGUGAUUGACAGCUGGGAGGUGGUGACAUCCAUGGCAACCCAGCGAUGUGACGCCGGCGUGUGCGUGUUGCGGGAGAAGUGAACAAUUCAGGAAUGCCACAUGCCUCGUGCGCAGAAAGGAUAAACGAACUGAUCGGUCACAGAGCAUUGUUGGAUGGUAGUAGGUCCUGCCAUGAAAUGUUUGUUCUAUGUUGGAGGUCAAUGUGCUCUCUUCCCGAAUCUGCUCCCACUCCAGCCAGCACCUUUGUGGGGCUCCCUGCUUCCCCUGUGCACUGAUGUAAUGCUGUCAUGAGAUUCCCUUUGAAAACAAAGGGGAGGAGAGCUGCGUGUUGAGCUUCAGUUUCAUUCCCUAAGUUGUGGUCCUCUCCGGCACCAGCCCCCACGUGUGGCCUUUGCUGGGUGACUGUCCUUGAUUCUGAAUCAGCUCUGUGUCUUUACUACACUCAUAAAACAUGACAUGGAGGGAAAGAGCCUGCAGUCUUGAAGCUGAAGCCUUACACGUGGUGACAGACUCUAGCACCCGUGCCCUAGGACCGCUGUUCAUGUAGGACUAGAUGUCACUGAUCAUUUUAAUGUUUUUUUUUAAAAAAAAAAAAAUCCUCAUACUUCUAAGUAUGUGACAUCCUCAGCAGUGUCUUUCUGGGUUGUGAGCCAAUCAGUAUUAAUUUUUUUCCAUGUAAUUGUGCUGGGGUAGGAUUUAAAAAUAAAUGACUAAAGCGAAUAAUGCUGUGUUUGCAUUUUGUAAGAUAAAGCUACAUAAGGGCAGAUAGUUUUACUCCAGUUCACUGUAGUUGCAGCAAAGCAGAGUUCAUCCGCAACUAUCAGCUAUAUCUAGGGAGUUAUGGGUAUUGACCAUAUACUUGGUAGCUGAUUCACUAGUUGGAGAGUGAGCUGGCCAUCCGUAUAUAAUGAAGUUCUGACGUGGACAUGUCUAUACACACUUUUCAUAUUAACAUUACCUACAUGAAAUGGUGGUCUGGCCACUCUGUGCCCUUCCCCCCCAAGGAACAGGUAACCUGCCAACAGUUAUGACCCGAAAUCAGGGUGCUGCAUUCUAAGAAAGCACUGAGGUGGGGGCGUUAAGUCAUGUGCCACAACGUGGAUGAUAUAUGUUUACUUAGUGCCCAUAAAAUACUAUUGUACAAAUCUCUUGUUUACUAUUUUGUUAUUGUAAGUGCUAGAUGGAUUAGUAUGUGUUCCUUAUCCUCCAUAGAUCGCAUGAAAUCUGAGAAUGGUUGCAUCCUGUGCAUUUCUGCAUGCAUGCAUUCAACUAAUACUAAAGAGGUUCGGUGUAAUACUGGCCUUAGUUGACCUGUGAAAAUGUAUAAUAGUGUACAACAUACAUACAGUAUAUAGUAUCAGGCAUCUACAUCAAAGCUGAAAGUAUAAGAGGCUUUGUUGCUUACCUUGCAUCUCCAUCGAUAAGCCUGUUGCACCUUUGUAAAUAUGUGAACUAUAUGACAUAAUAUAAGGUACCAAAUUUUGUCCUGGGUCAUUCAAAGAGAGAGCAAAUAUGGGAAAUUUCUUAACGAAUCAAGGAAAAGUGAACAUAUGCAUUAAACAUGUAGGGCUGAAUGUGUAUUUUUCUGCAUUCUUAUUUUUGGACAAUAUUUGUGAUGUUGAAAGACUGCAUUUUUUUCACAAACAUCAUUUAUGGAUCAGUAAUUUAAAGGUGGUCUGUAAAUGUUUUUAACUUGACAAAAUUCCUUAUAGCAAAGGGGGUUUCAUGGGAGUAUUGCAAUAAAGCAAUGUCACCCCUGGAGAACAUGGUCCCUAAACCAAAAUGUCACCCCUGCUGCUCCUGUGCUGCUGUUUUCAGGUCUGCUGUGUACUAAACAAAGAUUUCCUGAAAGUGCAAAAAUAUGUUUUAAGUUUUGUCUAUGCUGUGGUCGCUUAAGAUGCAAGGCUAAGUAAGGUAUUCAUUUGAAAUGUAAAAUUCUUACUAUGAAUAAAUUUCUGCUACUUUCA